AUGUGGCUGUGGACUUCGUCGCUGAAUUUUGUGCUAGCCAUUCUACAACUUGGAUUCAAUUUGCUGGUUUUGCUUGCUGUGGCUUCGGAUCGGAGACUUCAUACAAACAUUCAUCUUUUGUCAACAAGUUUGUGGGUUUGCAAUAGUAUCACGGCUAUUGUCACUAUUUUCUUCUCGUUGAAUCCGGCACAAUGUUUGGAAUCGCAGUGUUCAAGUUUGAAGGUGGGUUUGGGGAGCGGGACACAAUUUUGUAGUGACCUUUUCAGACAGAAUCCUGAGUUUCAGAUUCCUGAAGAUUGAAAUCAAGAGUUCAAAGCUCUAUGGAAUUUCAGAAAUCAAAAAAUUUUCAAAUUUCAAUUCACAACUUUCCACAUCAAAAAUAUUCAAGGUUUCGAAUUUUCAAACCCCAAAAAAGUCCUUCUGAUUUCCCCGUAGACAGUGACUAACUAACUACCUUGUGACAAUGAUUCAAUGAGAAAAAGUGUGACGUGGCAAGAAAAAAAGUUGUUUGAGUAGAUCGAAACUUUUUUUCAAAAAAAAAAUCAUGAGAUACGGUAGCAGGUGGGAAACUUGCCUGAAAUUUAGAUUUUAUGGAGUGGUGGGAAACUUUUUGAACAAUUAUAAUUUUUGGAUUUUCCGUGGAAACGUUCAGAACUUCCGGCUUGAGAUAAGAUUAGAGAGGAUUUGGGAUUUUUUUUAGAAAUACAUAAACUGUGAAAAUACUUCCAGGUGGACGUCUUUGGGGUACUGUAGCGCAAAAAAGAGCUGCUGAGCCCUUGAAUUAGUUGAUUAUACUAAAAAUAAAAAAUAAUGUCCAGCAUCUCAUGUUUUCCAUUUUUGUUUUCGUGUUUGUUUCAUUCAUUUUCCCCUUGUCCUCAAUCAGAUUGAGCACAAAUGAGAAAAACAGAGCAAGAAAAUCUCAUUAUUUCCGUUUCACAUGUUCUUUUUCUUCUUCGUAUUCAAAAAAACGAUGAUUACUGCAUUCGACAUUCGAUGAAUGAACAAAAAAAAAGUUUUUUUUUUAUUUUUCGAAAAAAAAAAUGAAAUUGUAGGAAACAUUUGAGUCACGCACCAUUGAGCAAAAUACACGGAAAAAAAGAAAAAAAAAAAGUUUUUCCAUGGGAAGACAACAAUUUUCUGGAUCCCUGGAAAAUAUUGCAUUUAUAUCUGGUAGCUAGGUGAUCUAUGGAAACCUGGAAUUUAUUCAUAUUCCCAUUUAGAUUCAGAACCUUUGCUGUUUCAUCUCAUCGAUUCUCAAAAACAGGGAAAAAGGGAAAAAAAUAGAAUAGAAUAAUUAGCGAGAUGAAUAUCAUUUUGAUGGAUUGUGAAUACGUAAAUGACAUGUUGAAAAGAACAGAGCAUGAAAAAAUGCGGAAUGAGAGUUUUUUGAGAUAAAGGAAAUUUGAACCUUGAUUUUGAGAAUGUGUUGAUGAAUGAAUAAUUGCUUAAUUGAAUUAUGACGUUUUAGGUAAUCAGAGCUGAAAAUUUUGACAAGAUGCUUUCAUUUUUGAAUGAAAAAGAGAGGGGUUUUGGAAAACUGAAAAUUCAUAGUUUUAAUUCUGAAAAUCUGUCCAUAAAUAAAUAAAUCUUCUACCGUAUCCAUUUCAGGUUUUCAACUAUAAAUUUUACGCAGAAAAUUUAUAGCUUCAAUUUUAAAAAAGCUAUAAUUUUUUUCAAAUCCCGAAAUCAAAACAAUAAAUUUUCCAGGUUGACGGAAGACAAGCUCGAUCAUUUGCCGAACUUGAAAAAUUCCCAGCGUUGACUACUGCCAUUCUAUUGAACUCUACAAUCAGUCUUUUGACAUUGCUCACAAUUGGUUUUGUUCAUGCUUUAGCUCGUCAUAAUUAUCAUCUUUCUAGGUGAGUUUUGCGAAUUUCAAAUCUAACAUGAGCAAUUGCAUUGAAAAAUGAAUGCUCCUUUAAAAAAUGAAUGCUUCUAAAGAUUCAGAGUUCAAAUGCUCAAGACAAUAGGCAUUGUUUGAAAUAGUGCAUUCUCUUAUUCAUUUUUUCAGACAAGAAUUUCAAGCUUUCCUCAUCUUCCCCUUCCACAUAAAAGUUCAAAGUGUGUAGAAAAAUCUCCAUAAUUGACUCUGAGUGCAGCGGAACGAGCACUCAAGUGCUUUUCCUAAAACUUUCUCCUCUCCUCUUCUCACAUUGAGCUCAGUCAGCUCAAUUCAAAUCGAAGUGAGCACAAAAAAGGCGGCAAAAAUGUCACAUUUUUCUAUUCAUCUUCUAGUAGUAAAAAAAUACGAGAAGAAGAAAAAAAAACAACAAGAAAAAGAAAAAAGUCAAAGUCUCUCGAGAUUUUCAUUAGUUAGGAAGCAGCAAAAAAAAACGAGAUGCGGGGAUUUUUUUUGAAAAACAAAACAAAAAAGGGUUUUUGUUCUUGAGUUGCAGAAAUCUAGAUUUCUUCUAGAAAAAUGUUGCGAAGAGUAAAAAUCAGAUAAUUAGAUUAGUCAGCGAGGUAAUUGAACAAUUUUGUGACGUCUGAAAAUAUUCUGUUCUAGACAGAAAAAAAUCUAUAGAUUUUCGGAUUAUCAAAAUGUUAAUCCACUUUGGGAUUUCAGAAAAUUGAUUUUUCAAAAUUGACAAAUAAAAAUCGGAGAAGAUGAAUUUUAGAAAACGGGAAAUUUUUCCCUCUAACGAUGAAGCCUUCUAAAAGAUUCUGAAGCUUUCUGACUUCUGAAGUCCCCCCUAAACCUAAAAAUAAAUUAUUUUUGCAGAUCCCAACUUUCGCGUCUCAUUGGUUCAACCUGGCUCCUUGUCACCCUUCUCCUUCUCUCCGAUUUCUUCCUCAUCCGUCUCUCCAAAUCCUUCGUCCUCGCUGUUCCAUUCCAUCUCGCUCUUCUCAGCGUUUUCCUCGUCCUCAAUCUCAUCAUCCAUCCUCUCAAUCUCAUCCAACUUAUCAUAACUCAACGAUUGAGCCCUGAAAUCAACACGCAAUCUGCAAAAUUGAUGAAAGACUGUGCGACCGCUUCCCUUUGGUUGUUAUUGAAUAGCUUAUCUUUUAUCAUCAUUUUUAUGAUGGUUGCUUGGGAAAGUCGCGAAAAGGUGGGUGUUUUUUGAAAACAUUUUGUUUGAAAUUGAUACUUUGCAGGGAGAUCAAACCUACAGUAUCAUGGGGAUUGAAGUGGCUGCGUUCAGCGUUCAUUGCGUUGCGAAUCCAUUGAUUGCGGUGAUUCGUGAUAGACAAUUGGAGAGAAGCUUGACUCGCAUUGUUAUGAGAAACAAACGGUAAGAGAUAGACUAAAUUGGUUUUUCGAUUUCACUUCUGGAAUUUAACUUCUGGAGAAUGAAGUUGAUGGAAAUCAGGUUUCAGGCCGGUUAAAUUCUAAAAAUCAAGAAUAUUUUAAUGUAGAAUCUCAAGAGCCUAAAUUUAAUCAACUCUAAAAAUGUUGGCUUAAAUUUCAGUACGGACUCUUUUUCAAAAACUAGACUAUAGUUCCAGACCGAAUUUUCUCAAAUUCGCCGGGCUCAUUUCAUAGAGGAUUUCAAGGACUAUAUAAAAUGAUCCAAAAAUCAAAUUCAGAAAGAUUUUGGCUGAAAUUAUGAACUGAAAUUACUAGCUCAAUCUAGUUCAAGCUUGGAUUUUAGAAAUUCCUAAAAUGAACAAGUGGCUCAUUCAAAAGAAAUUUCCAAGAGGAUUCUGAAAUUGAAUUCAGAAAAGUUUUGGCUGAAAAUGUGGACUUUUCAAAAACUCCUGGAGACCACCCACAAAGAAAAACCCCAAAAAAUCAACAAUUUUCAGCCCACGUACAAAUCACGAAGAACAUUUGAUCAUCGCCUUGAUGCGUGAUCCCCCACCGCCAUACACUGAAUAA